GUCGGGGGGCCACCGUCUUUCCUCGCCCCAACAGCGCUAUCCCACCACAUGCACAUAGCCCGCGCCGGCAAGCUCGUUGCCAUGGGAUCGGCCAAUGAGGAGGUGCCACGUGGCAUCGUGUCUGUCGCGGGGGCGCCUGCGGCUGCUCCUGCAGCGGUGGUGUACCGCGAGAGGCGGGCUGGGGGAGUCGGUGGUGGGGCACGGGAGAUUGUAGCAGCACCUGUGAGAAACCCUAACGCCCCUGCUGCUGAACCUGCUGCUGUGGAAGGGGGGGAAGAGGGAGCAGAAGGCUCCGACGCAGCAAAUGGGGAUGCGACACGUGGCAGAAAGGCAGUGGGCGCUUCAAUGCCACCUAAAGCAGAUGCAGUGGAUUUACUCAGGAUCUGCCCGACCUGUCAGGUUCCUAAAACUCCUUCCUCGGGGCAGGGUGUGGUCUGCCCGAUUUGCCGCGAUAGGCCAGCAGGGGACGCUGACGUGGCAGCGGGCAGAGAGAAAGCAAGAAGGCGGGAAGGGGACAGUAAAGUCAAGGACAAGGAGAAAUCGAAGCGAAUGAAGGGCCAAUCAUCGCAUGCCACAUGGAAGAGUGAGACAGAGAUGCAGUUGAGGCAGACAUAUGACUGA